UCACCUGGGGCACACCAGCACAGGUGUAAGCAGUUGGGCAGUUAUGCAUGGGGAUCGCUGGCCUAUAAAGGGUCAGGUUUUUGUUUUUUGUUUUUUUUUAAAGCAGGGCUAAAUGCUCAUCCUGCAAGGAAAGAGCAUGUCUGUUUUGUUAGUCAAAGGCAGAGGAGAUAGAAGCAGCUCAGGAGAAUGGCACUGAGGCUACAAGUUUUCUGCAGGGAUGCUGGUGCCUUUGAAACAGGCUGCAGAAGUGGAGAGAGCCCUGCAGAGAAGGAUGGCCAUGGUGGGUUCCUCAGUGCUGCUUGCGGGGCCGCUUAACAUCACGCUCAUCCACUCCAUACGAUGGGAGCACCUCAAUGGCACUGCUUCCCACACCAUCCUGCAGUAUGAGAGGCACAACCUGACCAUCUGCAUGCCAUACAUUGCACGAGCCCACCUGCAUGCAUCCAAUGGAUCUCUCCUCCUGGAGGACCUCCAAGAAAGUGACAGUGGCAUCUACAGAGUGACUAUCAACCAAGCAGAAAGGGAGAGCUUCUCAGUCUUGUUGGAUGUCCUCAAGCCCGUGUCUCACCCUCAGCUCUGGAGCAGUGGCCUGGUGGCCAAGGCAAGUGGUGAGAUACUAUGUGAGGUAGCAGAGGGCAGGGCAGACAUCUUCACCUGGAAGAAGGAUGGGCAGAUGCUUCCCCCGGACAGAAGUUACCACCUCUCUGGAAGCCUCAGUGUUUUGCACCUGAGGAUGGUAAAGAAAUCGGACUGUGGCUCCUACUCUUGCAAUGUCAGCAAUGGGAUAAGUUGGCAGGAGACCUCCCUGAACGUCACUGUUGCAGGUCUCUCCCCUCCCUUGCAGGAUGUGCUGAGGAUUUCAGUGGUUGCUCUGGUCUUUGCUGCUGUCUCAGGAUGGGGCAUAAUUUUUCCAGUCUGCCAGUCUGAAAAGCUAAGAAUAAGGGGAGAGCUGUGGAGGUGGCUCAGUGCCUACACCUGUGGGCUGGUGUGCAUCUCCUCCAUCCUGGCUGGCACUGCUGGGCUCCUCUGGAUGAGAGAAGAAGGCCCAUCCAUUGCUGUCAUACUGCCAGAGAUUUUCCUUUUGUAUGUGAUUGUGAUCACCUUCCUAGUGGCCUCCACAGUGACAUUCCAGCCUACAAAGCUCAUCCAGCUCAAAAGCACAGCAGCACAGCGCACGAUGGGCUAUGCUGCUCCAGGAGGGGUGCUCUUGGUGGUGCUGACGAGCAGCUUCCACAUGAAGAACAUCCACCAACGCCAUGAAGAAGGCUGUGCAGCAUUCAUGGAUGUCACCACCCUUGUGGUCAGCACAGCAGCAGUGUUGGCCCUGCCGAUCCUCGCCAUCUUCCUCUGCUAUCACACAACACAGGGGUGGCUGCAGGAACAUGACUCCAAUUGUGCAGACAAGGAAAGGUCCAUUGAGAUGUCACUGCCCAUCAGCAAGGAUCCUGAUUUAACCUGCUAGACACUGGGGAUGUUUCCUGUGUGGCUGCUCAACAUAUUAAUGGAUCUCAGUUUCACAGGUCUGAGCCUGUGAUAUUGGCGAUAUAAAGCAAUGAAAUUAA